CGAGGGCUGAGAGGUGGUGCCAUCAACCUCGUGAGACGCUACACCAGCACGCACGGGGCAGUUAGGGACGUAGCAGUGACCGCAGCAGUGACCGCAACGAUGCGGGCAUCGAUCGCUUUUUGCUUGGCCUCGACGGCUGCAGCCUUCCAGUCAGCAGCACCUCAGGCACACAGCACUGCGCUUUGCGCCACGCGCAUGCGACCUGUGUGGAAACAAAUCUCGGACGCUGCACGCCAUCGACGCGUCGUCGUCCCUGUAACUGCAUCUGCAUCUGCUCGAUGGCGUGGAGAUUAUACGCCAUCGACGCGACGUUGCCCCCGUAAUAACUGCGGUGGCUCGAUGGCAUGGAGGUCCGCAAUAAUUCAUUGGUUGAUUUCACACAGGCAGCGACGUCCUCAAGGGCGCCGGCGUCGCUGCAUUACUCGCCUUCGCCGCACCCGCACAAGCUGCGCAGCGCACCCAGUCGGGACUGAUCUACGAGGUCCAGAAGUCGAACCCGAAGGGCAAGCAGCCCGUGAAGGGCGACUUGAUUGCGAUCCGCUUCAAGGGCGCGACGACGGACGGCAACGUUUUUGAUGAUACCACAAAAACGGACGAGCCCCUCUACUACCGCGUCGGGACUGGUAGUUUGAUUGCGGGCAUCGAGGAGAUCUUGCCCAUGAUGCGCUACAAGGAGAAGUGGGCCGUGCAGAUCCCGGCCAACCUCGCCUUCGGCAGCGCGGGGCGCAAGGCGUCCGCGGGCAAGCCGCGCAUCCCCGGCGGCGCGGACCUGUACUACGAGAUCGAUUUCGUCGCGUUCCCGGGCUUCGAGGGGGACAUCUACCUCCAGGACUAA